AUGAGUUCAGAUGCUCUAGAUAAUGUCAAUGACAAAAAAGAUAACAACGAUACCAAUAAUAAUAACAAUAACAAUAAUGACAAUAACAAUGAUGAUGAUAGAGCUAUUGUGAUGGUGAUGGUGACCAUUAUUUAG